AUGAUAUCUACAUUUCUCGGAACCUGGGGAGUAUUUUUGCCCCGCCUAUUUCAUAUCCAAAUACGGAUGCUGCAAUACCAUAGAUGGACCGCAACAUUUUUAACACAUCAUUUCCGCUUGACGGGUUCUCACAGCCAAACAAUCAACGUUUACAAAAAUAACAAACAAAAACCACCUGCCAGAAGUAUGGCACUGUACAUUGUGUCAAAAGUUUUCCCGAGAGUGUACGCCAACACUGGGGCGCAACUUCGUAGGUCUGGGGUUGGAUUGAUCGAAUUCUCUCAGCCCGGGGACAACAGCUAAUGGGAGAAUAAAAUGGAUUAUUGU